UGACAGACCAAGCCCGACGCUGCGCGAUUCAGGCCUUCGCGUCGUCGUGGAGCGGAUGGCGAUCGAUGAGGCGGGUGCCUCCGCCGCUGGAGAUACACAGCCCGAUGCAGUCAAAUCUAGGCGGUUCGCCUCUUCAAGCUCUGCCCUCACUCGCUCUUCUCUACAGUCUACACCCAACCUGAUAACCGCCGUCCGCCGGCCGUGCGAAUGGACCCUGAAUCCGAGAUCGCGUUCGAGUUCGUGCCGAUCAUCCGGCAGUACAAGAGCGGCCGCGUCGAGCGCCUACUCCCCGCGAACCCCGUCCCGCCCUCCGUCGACGCCGCCACCGGAGUCGCCUCCAAGGACGUCACCGUUGACCCGGCCACCGGCCUGUGGGCUCGCCUCUACUUCCCCGCCGGCACCACGGACGCCAGGCUCCCCAUCGUGGUGUACAUCCACGGCGGCUGUUUCGUCGCGGGCUCGGCCGCCGACGCGCCGGACCACGCCUUCCUCAACCGCCUGUGCGCCGGCGCGCGCGCCAUCGCCGUGUCCGUCGAGUACCGCCUGGCGCCGGAGCACCCCGUCCCGGCGUGCUACGACGACGGCUGGUCCGCCCUCCGGUGGGCCGCGGCGGGCUCCAACCCGUGGCUCCGGGACCGCGGCGACCGCGACCGGCUGUUCGUGGUCGGGUACAGCACCGGCGGCAACGUCGCCCACAACGUCACGCUCCGCGCGGGCUCAUCAGAAUCUGACUCGCUCCCCCUCCCGCGCGGCGCCCGGGUCAGCGGCCUCGCGCUGCUGCACCCCUACUUCCUGUCGGCCGGGGCUGACGGCGAGACCGAGGCGACGCAGGCGUGGCUGAGGGCGAAGCUGGAGGAGCUGUGGGGGUUCGUGUGCGGGGGCCGCACCGCCGGGCUCGACGACCCGCGGGUCAACCCGGUGGCCGACGGCGCGCCGAGCCUGCGGCGCCUGGGCUGCGGCCGCGUCCUCGUCUGCCUCGCGGAGGAGGAGCUUCGGCCCCGAGGCAAGGCGUACCACGACGGGCUGCUGGCCAGCGGGUGGCCGGAGGAGGACGUCGAGCUGCUGGACUCCGUCGGCGAGGAUCACGAGUUCUUCCACCGGGAGCCCCGGAGCGCCAAGGCGCUGGCUCUCAUGGACCGGCUGGUCGCGUUCAUCGUUGGGAAGCAGUAGAAGAACAGACGUGCGCUACAGCUAGUGCAGGUAGAAAAUCGCGCGUAGAACGUCACUGCGUUUGUUGCUGUAACCGCGAAUCGCUGAAUCUGGAUUC